AGGGGGCUCGAGCCCCGCGCCCGCCCCGACGCGUGUCGCGCGCCCACGCGGGCGCGCGCGCGCGGGGAGGGGGGCCAUGCGCUCCGGCCGGGCCGGGGAGGAGGCCGAGCGGCGCAAGAAGGGCGCGGGCGCGCAGGCCGGCAGGAGCAACGCCGAGGAAACGCAGUUGCUCUGCAGCUGGAGCAGGUUGACGUUUGCCGAGAGCUCCGGCGCGACCUCUCAGGCAGUCGACAACACCGCCGCUCGCCAGCGGAGGCAGCAGUUCAGCUCCUGGCUCCACAAUCAGGCGGCCUGCCACGGCGUCGCGCUCGGCGCCGAGGCGCAGGUGGUGAAGCCGGGCCUCGUUCAAGGCGUCAAGGAACCGAGCGACACGUCGACCGCCGCCAGCGACGGCAGCAGCCAGCAGGGCUCGAAGAAGGCCGCCUCCCACGAGGUAGCUGCAGCGGUCGCCGAUGCGCCCGCCGCCGCCAGCGACGGCGGCAGCCAGCACGGCUUUAAGAAGGCCGCCUCUUGCGAGGUCGCUCCGGUAGUUGUUGAUGCACCGAACGCCGUCGGUGACUGCCGCGGUCAGCAGGGCUCGAUGGGGGCUGUUGUCUCCCACGGGGCCGCUGCAGUAGGCGCCGCGGCUACGACGUCAGCCUGUGCGGCCUCUGCCUCGCGAGGAGGUGGAGCCUCUUCAGGAGAUGGCGGAAGUACCUCACCGACGACGCAGACCGAGCUCCUUGGUGGUGGUGCGAAAGGACCAGCGAAUGGUUUUUCGAGAGGGAGCCGGGCGACUGGUCGAGGUACGCCGACCCGGGAUCGGGGCCGGCGGAUUGGUGGAAGUCGGACGAGGAGUGGUUCUGGGUGUGAGGCCCGGCGAGCUCCUUUUAUGUGGAUGGCCCGGAGGUCUCGCGCGCGGCCAAGACCAAGGGGGCGGUGCGACUGGUCAUCAUCAUCCCUCCUCCGCCUCCUCCCACGCCUCCUCGUCCUUUCUUCUUGCUCUUUCGCCCUCCUCCACCCUGCUCGUUCUCCACCCACCUCCCCGUGAGGGAGUAGAGGGGAGGCUGACAAGAUAGG